AACGAUUCUCCGUCCAAGUUUUCAUAUAGACAUAUAGUCUUAUAAAAUUUUUCGAAUAGCCCAUCUAUCUUUCUCGUCAUCAUUAAACCAACCUUUCUUCUUCCUCCCUCCAGCUCUCCUAUUCUCUCUUCCUCCGCUUUCCCGCAGUUUUUCCCUUCCCCUUUUCUAGAUCUUCCCCUAAAAUUUAACUUCCAUUAAUUUCUUCAUCUAUCUCUCUCUGCUUCUUCUUACAGGCGGAGGAGUAAGCGUUUAAUUUUUUAAAGAAUUUUUAACAAUUAAAAUUUCCUCCCUUUUCUCUCUAGAUCCAGAUUUUUUUAUCUUCUGGGAAUUUUUAUUUUUUCCCCCUUUUUUCAGAUUAUUUACCAUUUUUCAAGGGAUUUCAAGUUGUGUUUUUUUAUUUUUUAAAUUUUAUAUUCUAAUGCAGAACCCAGUUUCAGAACAGAAAAAUAAAGAAAACCCAUGUUCAAAUCCUGUUGUUUUAUCCUCAGAUGAUGACGAACCAGAAGAAACACUAAAUGAUAACAAGCAAAUAGUUUUGUAUGAUCCAUCUGUAAAUGGGGUUCCUCAAUUCGACCCGAUUCAGAUUAAAGACCCAGGAUCUCAGAAAAUACUACCUUCUGUUGGUGCAUUUACAGUUCAGUGUGCUGUGUGUUUUAAAUGGAGGUUAAUACCCACAAAAGAGAAGUAUGAAGAAAUACGAGAACACAUUUUGGAACAACCAUUUUCGUGCGAUUUAGCUAAAGAGUGGAGACCAGAAAUAUCAUGUGAUGUAGAAGGUGAUAUUGAGCAAGAUAAUAGUAGAUUAUGGGCAAUUGAUACGCCUAAUAUUGCACAACCUCCUCCUGGUUGGGAAAGAGAACUCAGAAUUCGUGGUGAAGGAAGUUCUAAAUUUGCUGAUGUGUACUACAUUGCACCAUCUGGUAAAAGACUUCGAUCAAUGGUUGAGGUUCAAAAAUUCCUGUUUCAGCAUCCAGAAUAUAUGGUACAAGGUGUAACCUUAUCCCAAUUUUCAUUUCGAAUCCCAAAGCCUCUGCAAGAGAAUUACGUCCGAAAGCGUACUGCUCGUUUGCCAGGAGACUCUGCUUAUGGUAGACAAGGAUCCCUUCCCACCAUCGAAGCGAGUCCUUUGUCAUGGAUUGUCCCAGCUGAUGCGACAACCUUGCAACGUGAUCGACCUCAUGUCACUCCUCCGGCAAAAAAGAAAGCUCGAUCAUCAAACGAGCACGCACACAGCAGUAGUCCAUUCCAGCACAAUCCGCAAAACUUGAAGAUCCAUGGUGUGUAUGAGUUCUGAGUUUUCAUGUAGAUUUGUUUCGGUUAAACACCUAUGCGGCUACGCAAUCCUAGCGUAUUACAUUUUGUGCUCUACACAAUGUCUGAUCCUGGCAUUCAGAAGGUCAUUUUUUGUGAGCGUAGCGAAGGUUAAGUUGGCGACAAGUUGGUGUAUGAAUAUGAUUUACAAACUUAGCUUUAUGAAAGUUUCUUUUGUUCAUACUGUUUUCUGUAAGCAGGCAUUUGCCUUCUAAUGAAGAAUGACUACAUGUUACAAUCUCACCAUUUUAGUAUAAAACUCCGUGCAAUUUACAGAUUUCUUAGUAUGAAAAUAUGUAUAAAUAUAAUUUUCAAAGAUAUGUAAUAGUAAACACAUUAUAUAUUAAAUAUGAAAUAAUAAUUGCUAAAA